GCUCUCUUGGCAUCGUUUAGUUAUCGUACCUAGUGUUUAUUUCAACUGACAUUUAAUUCGACGGUUGCCCGUGAUACAAUGGCCUGUACGGAGAAGAAACCAAAGAAAGGCAUUUUGAAAAACUCCUCAAGUUUUGAUAAAACAGAGCAUCAUCUUGCACGAAAAGAAAUGAAAUGGGAUGAAAUGAAUAUCAUAGCCACCCACCACCCACCAGAUAAAGACUAUGGUCAUAUGAAAAUAGACGAGCCCCCGACCCCGUACUCCAAGUAUACGGGCAGUGAGGGUGAGGAUGGUGUGAAGAGGCGAGGCAGCUUUGAUCCUCACAGCGAGGAUGAACAUGAUGGUCUGGAUCCUGUUUCUAUAGCUUCAAAGUUAGAAGAUGACAAAACUGCUAAGGUGUUGAGGCACAGUUUUAAUGAGGAUGACGAUUCUGAUUCCGAUGAGGAAAGAAAUGAAACUGAGGAAGAGAGAGCCGAGAGAAAAGCAUUUGAGAAGAAGAGGAAGCUGCACUACAAUGAGUUUCAGGCCAUGAAGCUGGCAAAACAGCUGAUGGAGGAGGAGGAAGAUGAAGAUGACCUUGUGGAUGAGGAGGCCGCCAAAAAUGCACGUGUCAAUGCCCGACCCUCAUUAGAACUGUGUAUGGAUGGCGAAACCAGCAUGGAAGGGGUCAGUUCCACCACUCACAGCAGCAGUCAGGACGGCUCCUCAGUAGAUAGGCCAUUAAAUACAGCAAAUUCCAACCAAUGACAACUAGGCUGAUUAUGUACAGUUAUCUCCCCUUGUUCCAUACCUCUGCAGAUGCAUCGUUAUGUACAGGGAUAUACAAGAGGUAAUAUUGAAUGUGCACUUCAGCCACAGAUGCCCAUUGGUAUUUUAGGUCAGGUCAAGGCUGAAGGUCAAAUGUCACUGGUUGUUAUGGUUAUGUAUACAGAAUGUGGUCAGAUUUAUAGAUGCUGCUGCUGCUGCUGUUUGUAAUUCAGGGUUACCUAACCUUAACUAACAUUCCGGCGCGCAAACAGCUUCAUUAUGUGUGAGGAGAACAUUUGAUAUUUUCUAACUGUUUUUUCAGGGCAAGUAACGUUGAUGCACAGACAGUGCUGUUUGUCCAAUGUUCCUGCUUACUUCGGCCUUGUGCAGAAAAUGUUAUGUACAUUUGUGCAAGUUUUAUAACAAAUUAUUCCGUUUCUAUGAGUUAAAGUGCCACUCUGGUCAGAAUACAAAUUGCGUAGAAACAUUACAGCGAUAUGAAAGAAAUCCUACGGAGUAAGGCUAACACUAUGUUUCAAUAAGAUUUUGAUGAAUAAGACUGUUUAGCCCAUAUAACUGAAGAUUCCUUGAAAAACAAAAUCUUCGGCUGUGUCCGUAAAGUUUUCCUGAUGUGAUGUGAUAAUAUUUCCUGUAUGACGUUGAAUCAGGCAGAGGUGACGUUGAGUAAGGCAUUUAUGCUGGGAUGACCUCAAGGACAUUUGAAAGGACAGCGUCAUUUGUGGAUUAUAUGUCAGCGAUUGAUGACGCCAUGUGUUCGUGGGUGACGUCACACCAGGCAAAGUGAAAGGGACAGAAAUAUUUUGUUUAUGUAUACUCUGACUAAACAUACAAUAUUGGUUUUAAUUCACCGCAAUAUUUUCACAAUUUAGGAAAGCAAUUCAGACUAUCCCAGUCUUUAUCAAUUCACCACGCUUUUAAAACACAGAUGUUUUGACACCAAAGUAGCUCUUUAAACAAAAGAGCAAAGCAAACAUAUGCUAGGACUUACUGUAGAGUAGGUGCAGAAGAAUACAAGAGUGUCAUGAACAAGGCAUUGCUACUCUACCUUGGAUCUAAUUUUCUUACAUGUAUUUCCUUUUAAUGUCUACAUGUACACUUAGGAAAAAGUGAUCAUUUUGUAAUGAUAAUAACUAUACAUAUUUAAAAUGUACAGGGCAUAGAUCCGGGAGAUUGUCAAUGUUGGAUUGUCACUUGUUGAAAGUGUUUUAAAAGUGCAUGCGUCUGUCUUGUUAUGACAAGAUCUUGUGUUUGUAUGUGUUGAGAUGCUGGCAGAGAGGAGGCUUAUGAGUGUGAGGGCUGGUUGAACAUAUUGGUUAUACUGUCUGAUCUUCACAGUCGACUGUCAUGCAAACUGGUAAAGAUUGCCCUAAGUACUAAAUAAACCCUGUAAAAGUGGAUUGAACAAAAUAGAAUUUUGAAUACUAUGUAUGACCUCCUGUAUUGGUAGAUAAAUAGUAUUGUUUUCAUGUGAGGAGUAAAUGGAGUGGAGUGGAAUUAUGGGUAAACCCAUGCAUCAUGGGUUUUACAUGUGUGGCUGUUAGGAAGUAGCUGAAUAGAACAAGGCCUCAAAUCAGGUGAAUAUACAUACCCUCAUACAUCUCAUUAGUGCAGAAUUUACACAUACACCAUGUAUAUGUUACUGCAUAUGUCAGUGUUUGCAGUAAGAAGCCAUUCGAUUGACAUAGUUAGACUGUUACAGAGUUAACUGUUACAGAUAUGUAUGGAAGUUCUCUUUGUCUGUACCUGGGACAUGAUAGAUUCACCCACUUCACAGUCCUGAUGAAAUUACAGUCCUAGCCAGUAAAUGCCUUUCAUCUAGUCUUGUAAUAUUUACCUUUCUGAAGCCAGAUGCCUUAUGGCAUUUGUUUCGGAUACUGUGUUGAUCUAGUCUGGAAAUGAGUUAAUGUAGAGUUUUUCCAGUCGGUGAUCUUGUGUGUAGAUCUGUAUAGUAAUCAUACAUUAUGCAUGGGUUUCUCUCAGGAUGACAUGCUCAUGCUCAUGACUGGUAGCAGCCAUGUUAAAUGUGCAUGUUUAUGCUAUAGAUAAACAUAGUUAAAAGUAGAUAACUGUACAUAUACAUGCAGCCUUUUACAUGUGCAUACAGGUACAAGGCCUGUCAGAGUGUAGUGACAGUACAGUAGUUCAGCAUUUCUGCCAUGCUCUUGCUCAGUGUUGGCAUGUUUGUGCAUGCCAAGGUUUAUAUGUACAUGUAACUUUUACUUGUAGUCUUCCCAAAGCUGAGCAGUUAUGUGUAACUCAGAUGUUAGUUUUCAUUGAAAGUAGAUUUGUAGUUAUUGGUUCUGUUGCAUAGGAGACAGGGUUGUAAGUUGUAUAUGGACAUGUCUUGUACACAUUCGAGUACAUAUAUUUCCCUUUCUGUCUGUAAU